CCCUCGAGCAGUUUGCGCAAGGUGAGACAGCAGAGGAUCCUUGACCGGAUGGCCGUAUAAGCUCCAUGGAGUCCUUCACCUAGCUGCUGUCACUUAUUGUGUUACCAUCUACUCUUUGAGCUCUUGUCAGUUGCUCCCCACCCCCACCCCCACCCCCCUCCCCCGCUUCACUUCCCUUCCAAACUUCAGCCAGUGGAUCAUUCGGAGAGCGACAGGAUGGGAUCGCAGACCGGGGCAGCUCUGCAGAAACAGACGCUCCUGUGGUUCGUCGUAGCAGUGUCCCAGUGUGUGUCGGCACUAGGGUGUGAGCCGGACUAUGAAUUAGCCAUUGAGGAGGUCUGCCUGGACACAUUCAGACUGGACAUGCAAAAGCUGGACCAGAGACACUGGUGUAGCUGGGAGGACACAGUCGAACUCUACGGCGAGCUGACAAACUGCACGUUCCUGUGGGCGCUAAGGAUGAAUUGCUUCUGGCCCAACAGGCUGGUGGAUGAGUUCUUCAUCCGAGUCCACAAGCAGUACUUCCACGACUGCUCAUUGUCUGGACGGCUUCUCAAGGACCCACCAAAUCGCAUCCUGGGUCCAUUUAUUGCAAUACCAGUCCUGGUCACCCUCCUUAUGACGGCCCUGGUGGUGUGGAGGAGCAAACGCAGCGAGGGGAUUGUGUAGUGAGGGGAAGGGACGGGGCCAGGGAAAUAAUUUCUUUGGUUUACAGAGCAAAGAGAAGCAGAAUCAGCUGAAUCUGAAUCAGAAUCAGCUGAAUCUGAUGUGGACCAGGAUAGUGACUGAUAGAAAAAUAUUGUAAAUAUAAUCAAAAUCACAGAAACUGCUUUAAAAAAAACUUUGGAUGUGUGUUACAAGUCAUACAGGAAGUCAUACCACUAUUACCUACUACAGAAACAAGGGAAUGAAACGCAGUGCUGAACUUUUCCAGGAGACCUGCUUUACAUUAUCACUAGGUUACAAAAGAAAAAAAUUACUUCGACAUCUGUUAGGAAACCCAGGUAUUUCAGAUUUUAUGAGUAUAUACAUAUACUGUAAAUAUACACAGUAUGUACAAUAUGACAAUAUGUAUCUGUCAGUGGAUUGUCAGAAUGUCUUUGUAACACAAUCAAGACAACAAACCAGAGUACAGGAAAUUGUUUCUCUCAGAUGCAAAUUUUGCGUGUCCAUGUAAAGAUAUGUGAUUUUAACAGUUGUGCAUUAUAGUUGAACUACUGUAUAUACUCUGAAUGAUGCAUAUGGCUUAGUGGGAGUAGAAUAUGUAUGCUUUUAGUUUUCAUUUCCUUUCCUCUGCUCAUAUCAGACACCCUUGCCUCACCUUUGGCAUACCUGCAGCUCAUUCUCUCCUCUGAAUGGGAAACAAAAACAUGUUUCUAUAGCAUAAUGCAAACUGAACAGCUGGAGAAAUGUAGCAGCUAAUGGUGUCACACACAGAUAUGUAGUACAGGUGAGAUACAGCACGGCACAGAAAAGGACGGUCACUGGGCAGGGGUUGAGGCCUCAAUUUGGAUGGGCUGUGAUGAUGUUGUGUUCUGCAGCUUCCAUCCUCCAUCACCAAGGAAACAAAAAUGAAGAAAUGCCAGCGGACACAAAGGUGGAAGUGGCUGAGAGUAAAGACUUUAAAGGCCAGCAUACACAUGCAGUAGUUUGGAGACAUCAGACAAUUAACCAAAAAAUCUCCCAUUCUGUCUGAUUUUGCUCCCUCAAACACCUUUAACCAAUGUUGGUUACCAUAUAGAAAGAUUCUAUCAUGACAAUAACCAUAUUGAUUGCAUCCAAUUUAGGCACUUAUGUGAAAAUGUUGCAAGAAUGAAAAAGAGAACAAAGAGUAGAAAAUCACUGUGGAAAAAUCACAAAUCUAACUACAAAGAAAACAUAAAGCAAUGGAUUAGCCAACGCACAUCUCUGCUAAAUAUUGCCUAAAGCACAGUUUGUGUAUCAUAGGUUUAUAUUGAUUUAUGAUCUCCAAAUGCAGUAGAGUGUGCUGUGUGAACUGUUUCCUCAUUGAUAUUUUUGAAUGCUCUCUUUCCUUUAUAGAUUCAUUGACCUGUAGCCCGCCUGUCAGAAAAACACACUUAAAAGCACACCCACACUUCCUGAACAUGUACUCUGUACUUUGUGCCAAAAGCUCUUGGAAAACAGAGGGCAACGUUUGCUAUGAAAUGUCUAAUUUUCUGUUGGAGUGACUUCUAAUGACUGAAUUUUAAAAUCUAUAAUCAUGAAGAUAAGUUGAAUAAAACGUCUGAUUAAUGUGUCUGA